CUUUAGACUCGCACAGUCCGCAUGGUUUUACCACGAACCCAUGCUUCAGCUCUUGCUAGCCAACAGCUACAGCAGCAGCUACAGCAGCGUUUCGUUACUCUCUGGCUGUCAUUUGGAGCCUCCUUUAUUCCACCUCACAUAGCUUGGACUCAGAUCUGUCGUUCAACAGGUCUUCCUACAUUACAGAUCUGUCACCGAAGUGUCCAACAUCGACAGUUCAUAAGAAGUCACGUUACGACCACCUCUUCAACUAAAAAACCUGAGUUAUCACCAUCGAAGCUAAAUACAGUCCCUAACACUAUAUUACCAGCACCAGAAGCUAUUAGCACUUAUACGACUACAACUAAGACUACGACUACGACUACGACCUCUUCCAAAAAAAAACCUCGGAAACGAACAAAGCUAGAAUGGACGCCCGAGAUAGACACUCUCCUCUUAGAAAUGCGUACAGUCCAGGACAAAAAAUGGUCCGAGAUUGGCAUAGCUCUCGGACGAGAACCUGCUACUUGCAUGAAUCGAUUCGAAUCCACACUCAAUCCAGCACUUGAAAACUUUUGGACUUUUGAUCGAGAUAAACGAUUAGACGCCAUGAUCACCUCAUCCAAGAGUUGGCCUGAGAUUGCUCAGGCUCUAGGAUGCCAUCGUCUAGCAUGUAUGGAACGUUGGCGACAAUUGAAUCUAAAGGAUGAACUGGCAUCAAUUCAAGCUAGUAGCCAUCAGAGUGCCAUUAACGCGAGCACUACACGAGAAAAAUCAAUUGUACGACCUUUACUUCAACCUGCGGUUACAAAUAGAGGUGCUGGACAAGAACAUCUGGAGGAAGUGGACCAGCAUCAACGGCAGCAAGCAACAACAGCCCCAAGUCAACAGCGUGAAAUCAAUGUUGAAGGGGAACAGGAGAAACUGAAAAGCUUGAGAGAUAUGGUCAUCAAAAACUUGAGUCUACUUGGUCCGACUGACAAAGGAUAUGACGAUGACAAUGAUGAUCGCCGGAGUUGGAACUUACUUUUGAAAGAUGACCAGCGUUAUGAUCACUAUAGGUCUUGGAAAAAAAGAUCAAAAAUGGACGCUUUCUCACAACUGUAUCUAACGAAUCCUGGAUGGUCCGCUAAAGAAGAAACCGUGUUAAUACAGUUUGUGUUGAGGUAUGGUCUGGAUAAAUGGGAUAUUGUGGCCGAGAAAGACUUGAAAAAUCGGUUCACAGCAGCGCAGUGUCGAACCUGUUGGAAGAACUUGGAUAUGCCUGUCGUAUCCUCGAUGCAAGAUGGCACUACCGCCCAACUGGAACAAGAACAGCAGAGAGAUAGUUCCUAUUCCAGUGGGAGUGCAGAGCCCGCUAAAAUGUCUUCAACACGAUCAAUACCAUCGAUGGUCAGACCGCCUCCAUUCGUUUGGGAUAAGGAGCUUUCCGUUCGACUUCAAACACUCAUUCGGCAGGCAUACAAAUCUCGAGCUAUCCAUCUGGACGAAAUCAAUUGGCAGUGGGUCUCUCGCCGAGUUCAUCCAAAUGCUACCAGCCGUAUCUGCAGGAAUCACUGGAAAUUCUUGCAUGACACGUCCAACCAAGUUGUCUGGAGGCAAGAAGAUAUUCGAAAGCUGGAAGAAGGUGUUCGACUGCUUGGCCCUAAAAGGCUGACUCAAAUCCGAGACCAUUUUCUACCAUAUAUGGCCAAAGAUGAUAUCAUGCGACACUGGUAUAAAAUCUCGGAUAAAACAAUGACCAUUGAUGAGAACGAGUACUAUCGGCUCUUAGCUGCUGUGCAGGAUAUGACAGAUAAUGACAAAGAUACUUCUGGCACUAUUGCAACGACAACAUCUAUAUCACAUGCAUCACUGCCCGACACUAUGAAUAAGGUUGAGGACAACAUUGACCUAUGGACAGAGAUUGAAAAGAAGAUGGGGCCAGGCUGGAAAAGAUUACCAUGCAAGCGUGUUUGGGAAAGCUCAUUCCAGCAUUUAGUCCGCACAGCCGAAUGGUCCCCAAUUGAGGACAAUAUGUUAUUGCAGUUGGUCAAGCUUAUUGGCCGUGAUGACUGGUAUUCAAUUGCCAAAGUCAUGCAAACUGGCAAGUCUCCGUGGCAAUAUCGCCUAAGAUGGUGUCAACUUGUUGAUCCUGUAGAUUUAGACAAACACGAUUUAUUUGUGAGGACCGAAAAGUACUGCUGAGGCCCUGUACUACACUAUGUUCUUGGGUUUCUAUGGCGCAACAACGAUUGGUGCAUCUUUAGCAGCAUCGAUUGUUAGAUCUGGAAUACUCAAACAAUCGAUAAUUUUCUCCAAUCUGGAGUUUCCGCCCAGUCGUCGAAUUUCCUCGCGAGCUUUUGCUUCAUAAAAUCUCAUUUUUUCACGACAAUACUCAAAUGUUCUCGUCUUGUGCAUCAAAUUGAGAGCAUAGACUUUAAGUUCUGGUGUCGUUGGUUUCUGCUUAAG